AUGUAUGAAAAGGUAAAGCUACAAGUUAAAAAAUCCCUCGCCUCUACAGAAAGCGUUGCCCUCACAUGCGAUGGAUGGACUUCGCGAGCCACAGAGCCAUACCUCACUAUAACAUCGCACCACAUUGACGAGAGCUGGGAGUUGGUUUCUCACGUGUUACAGACUAGGGCUCUGUUUGAGUCCCACACCGGCACCAACAUUGCUCAGGUGCUGAGAGCGGCGCUGGAAGAAUGGGAGCUUAUUAACAAAGACCCUGCAAUAGUAACAGACAAUGCCUCGAAUAUGACCAUCGCUGCACAGCUGGCACACAUGCAACAUUUCAAGUGUUUCGCCCACACCUUGAAUUUGGCAUCUCAGCGUGCCCUGAAACUCCCCACUGUCAGUAGAUUGUUAGGAAGAGUAAGACGGGUGACUGCAUUUUUCAGACGCAGUACUGUUGCGUCCCACGUAUUGCGUGAGAAGCAAGGUUUGCUGAAUCUCCCUCGCCACAAAUUGAUGACAGACGUCGCCACUCGCUGGAACAGCGCGCACGACAUGCUGGAGCGUUUCUUGGAGCAACAGCCUGCCAUCCACGCUGCGCUCCUGUCUGCCGAAAUGCGGAAGUCUGAGAAGGACAUCUGCACACUUACAGAGUCUGACAUAACUGCUGCUGAGGAGGUCGUCGCUGCCAUGAAACCUAUGAAAGUAGCCACACUCGCAAUAUCAGAGGAGACCAGUCCAACGCUAUCUAUUGUAGCGCCACUCCAUGCUCAACUCGUCCAUCAGCUUCAAGACAACCCGAGUGAUUCCACAUUGACAAGGGAACUUAAAACCACAAUAUGCCAGGAUCUUAACAAGAGAUACUUAAAUGAAAAGGAGGCGCUGUAUAAGCCCUCGGCUCUUGAUCCCCGUUUUAAGGCCCUACCUUUCCUUUCCGAGGACGAGAGGGAAGAUGUCUACAAUGGAAUAACUGCAGAAGCUACCAGGACCAAGUGGGCAUUACAGCAAAGCAAAAGUGGACUUCAGGCAGAAUCAAUGGAGGAUGGCAGCCAGGAUCCUGACCAAGAAGACAUGUCUGCAAUAUGUUCAUCAAAAUCACCAAAACCUUGUUCUCUAGCUGAUCUACUUGGGCAGACAUAUGCAGCAGGUGCUGCAAAGAAAUCGAAAACAGCUGAGGACCAGGUGAUCGAGGAGAUCACAAGAUAUAAGGAGGAGGCACCCCUGGCACUUGGUGUCAACCCACUGGAGUGGUGGAAGGAACAUGAGUGCCAGUAUCCUUUUCUUUCAAAAGUCGCCAAGAAACACCUGUGCAUCCCAGGGACUAGUGUCCCCUCUGAGAGGGUUUUCUCUACUGCUGGGGACAUAAUAACUGCCAAACGAAGUGCAAUUGCCCCUGAGCACCUGGACCAGCUGCUUUUCCUGAAUAAAAACAUAAAGCACUAGCAAUACUAGGAAUGCCAUUGUAUCUGUGACUAGUUAGUUAUGAAUGGACACUGGACACAUUCAGUUCUAUUGAUCAUAUGCACUUUUUUCUCAGUGUGCCAUCUGAUGUCUGUUAAAUGUUAUUGUUAAUGGCAGCUACUUAAAAUGGCAGUCACUGAUGAGCCUUAUUUUAUUAGUUUUCUUUUAUUAUUCUACCUUAAUCAUUUGCACUUUUUGUAAUUAGUGUGUCCACCAAAGUAUUAAGAAUGUUUUAAUGGCAAUAAUGUUAAAUAAAUUCAUGUAUAUAUGAACUGAGUUGCUGUGUGAUGUAUCAAUUGAAGACACUAUCCAGAUCGUACACAGCCACUGGUAAUUAUGCUCUAUUUUUUACAUUUUCACUUAAAUAUAUUGAAAAUAUCGCAAUGCAUCGCAAUGAUUCAAGAAUCGUGAUGAAUCGUGAUAGUAUCGCAUCGUGGCAUGUGAAUCGUGAUUCGAAUUGAAUCGUGAAGUCUUUGCCAAUA